AUGGCAUUCUUAAAAUUGACGUUCAGCAAGAACAAGAGGGACAAGCUGGCCCAGGUGCUAUGGAUCCUGAACUGGGUCUCCGUGGUGACAGGGAUCCUCCUGUUCAGCAUGGGGCUCUUUCUCAAGGUGGAGAUCAACAAGCGGGUAGAGCUGAUGGCUGAGAGGGACAUCCAGUAUGUUCCCAACAUGCUGAUCGCAGUUGGCCUCAUCGCCUGUGCCAUAAACUUUUUGGGAGGGAAGAUCUGCUACGACUGCGUGGACACCACCAAGUUCUUGCGCUGGAAGCUCAUCUUGCUGCCAUACAUAAUGUGCACCUUCUUCUUCACCUUCUGCGUGCUGGUGGGGGCUCUGAUGUGUUACAGCAUGCAUGGGGAGCUGGAGGAGUCUCUGAACCUGGGGCUGACGGAGGCCAUCAGGUUCUACAAGGACACAGACACACCAGGACGAUGCUUCCUGAAGAGAACUGUGGACCUCCUGCAGAUAGAGUUCAAGUGCUGUGGGAACAACGGCUAUAAGGACUGGUUUCAAAUCCAGUGGAUCAGCAACCGUUACCUGGAUAUGUCCAAAAAAGACGUGUUAGACCGAUUAAGAAGUAAUGUGCGGGGGAAGUACCUGAUGGACGGGGUCCCCUUCAGCUGCUGCAACAUCAACUCCCCCCGGCCCUGCAUCCAGCAGCAGAUCUCCAACAACUCGGCUCACUUCAACUACGAGCACCAGACGGAGGAGCUGAACCUGUGGAUGAAAGGGUGUCGCCAGGCGCUGCUGGAGUACUACACCCACAUCGUGCAGUCCAUUGGCCUCACUGUCCUCAUCACCUGGCUGUUUGAGCUGUCAGUGUUGACAGGGGUUCGUUACCUCCAGACCUCCCUGGAGAAUGGGCUGAGGCAGGGCGACCUGAACUCUGAGUCUGACGGCUGGCUGCUGGAAAACGGUUUAAUGGAAACGGCACGCAUCAACCUGAACAUAAUGAAGAACAUUGGCAAGUGCAACCAGAUAGACACAGCCAACAACGGAGACCCGAACAUUGACGUUCCCUCCUCCUCUAUAGCACACUAA